CAAGACUCGUAAUAUCCAAGGGUGCUUGGGUAAUUCACCCUAGAUUCUAUAAUCAGAAAAUUCCUCAAAAAGACCCUAUAUAAAGAUAAAAAUUCGCUCCGCCCACCGCCCGCGUUUAACAAGUAACAACUCUUCUUCUUCUUCUCUCUAGUAUUAUGUACGGACACCCGGGGCCCUACCGGCCCGGCGGCGUCGGCCGCGGUGUAGCGCAGCCGCCACAACAACAGCAUCACCAACAAAUUCAUCUGAACCCUAACUUUUAUCCGCACCCCAAUCCAUUCCUCCAACAAAACCCCAAUUUCAUGCCUCUCUAUAACCCCUUUAUGCAAAACCCCAACCCUUACCCACAGGAUCAACUUCAAUUCGCCAACACUAAUUUCCCUAUUCAACCGAACCCUCCCGAGAGCGCCGAUGCUCAUACGCCGCGCCCCAGUGGUGGUAGCAGUAACGGUAAGUUUCGGGUGCAGCACGUUAGGGCGCGGAGCGAGGUUAUUGCUGAACUCGAUAAGGCGGUGGCGAGGGCUCGGAACGAUCUGCUCGAGUCGAAUCAGAAUGUUUCGGCUUGGAAAGUCUCGCAGGCGGCUUUGUUGAUGGUGAAGGCGGAGUCUUGGGAGAGUUUGGGGUUUCAAAUGCAGCAAGUGCCUUCGCUUAAUAGCUUAUUGGUCACCGAAGGGAAGAUCAAUGCAUUCAUCCACUGCUUUGUUGCGGUUAGAAGAAUUACUUCAUUGUAUGAUUUGGAAGUGGCAAUCUGUGAGAGCGAGGGCAUUCAAGGGUUUGAAGAGCUGGGAUUGGGUUCCUUGGUACGACACCCACUUGCUGUGCAUUAUUUUUCUCUGACUUCUGAAGUGAUAGAAGUGUACAGAAUAACAACUGAAGAUAUAAUUUCUUACCUUUGCGAGUUCAUUGAUACUCACCGUAAAAGAGAAAUUAAAGUUGAUACCUUUGUGGAUUUUAUUUGUAAGAAGCAAUCUGUCAGUGGGAGGGAAAAGCUUUGUGUGCGUAUGCAGAACUUUGGAUCAUAUGUUAGUAACAUAAGAAAGACGAGGCAAACAGAAGAUGGGGUAUUAAAAAAAUGUUAUGAGAAAAUUAGAAUGAGAUCCGCUCAAACGAGUCAGAAGCGCCCGCUUUUUUCAAAACAGAAAAAAGUGAUGGAUGACCAGUUUACUGCAAUAUCUGAGCGAAUGAAGUCUUUCUCCUCUUCAAAUAGCCAAUUUUGUGGCAAACACAUAAGAUUCAUGCCGUCAAGUUCAAAUGAUGAUAGUGACGCUAAUGAAUCUGAUGAGAAUCAGGAUGAGAAGAAUACAGAGAGCAACUGCAGUUUGCCACUUCAAAAUAGUAGAUCAGACCGUGUCACUAGAUGCCCUUACCCAUCAGCAACUGAAGAAAGGACAAGGCUGGGUUUCAAAAGUGAAGUAGAGUCUGGAUCUUGCAUGCAGAGUGGUGGGGUAAGGUGCAAUGCAGAUAAUGAGCCUCCUUCAAGGAAGAGGAAAUAUGAGAACAUGAGUGGCAGCACCAAGCCUAGCAACCGGAAUCAAAGGAACAUGUAUGAUUCAAAUCUCAAGCCAACACGCACUCAUAGAUAUGGUAUAGUUGAUCAUCCUCUUUCUGCUGAAUCAUUAAGAAUGUUCGUUACAACUUGGAAAGAUACAUGCCGAGAAAACGAUGCAGAUGAGGUUCUUUUGAGGAUGCUUCACUAUUACAACAACAUGAAAAAGAGGAAAGUGGCACAACUGUUUACUGUGUACCCGUUUGUUGGAUUGCUUUAUACUGCUGUGGCAUGUAUUAAAUCUGGAAUGUGUGAUAGUAUUUACGACACUUUCCAAACUCUUAACCAGAAAGGCAUGGACGACAAACCAUUUGACAGUUCAGCUGACUACAUAAGCAUCGAUGUUGAACCAUCUGAGAAGGAUGUUGCUGUUUCAGCACAAAAAAAUCUUGCACGUAAACAUGAUGUUAUAGCUGAAGAUAUCGUGAAGAAGAUUUCUGGAUAUUUCGAGGAUGACGUCUUGAGCUGCAAAACUCCGUAUCGAGAAAAUAAUGUACAUCUCUUGAGAAAGCUCUGCAAGUGCGAGUAUUGGCUAGUUGAACAAUAUUCCAUUAACAAGUUUGAAUCCCUUGGUUAUGGAGAAUAUCUUAUGUUUCUAGAGAAAUAUAUGCACAUGUUGCCUCAUGCAUUACAGAAGUGCAUUAUGGGCGACAUAUCAGAAAAUUCUUCUUUGGAGGCUCACUUACUGCCAGUUCAGUUAGAUGUGUUACUAUCGCAAGCUUCAAAUGGUUUGUGGGAAAAUGAAGUUAUAAACAUGCGGAAUGUUUCUGAGUUGCUAUCUAGGCAGUUUCCUUUAGUAUGUAUUAAAUUGGUGAACAGCGAUCUUAUGGCAGAUUUUACAAAAAGAUGCAGCAUUAGUUCUAACUGCGUGUUGUUUUCGACUCCAUUGUCAAGAUUGAAUUAUAUGGGUGAUUCUUUAAUUGAAAAUGAGAAAACAGUGGAAGAAACUAGAGGGUUUGUUAAUAAUAGAGCAUGCAGAGAAGGAAUGAUUGGGGCAGUUACUACCAAGGAUUGUAUUGAGCUCUUACUCAAGGCCCCUAUGAUGAUUGAUUUGAACUUGUGGUCACAUUGGGACAUGUUGUUUGCUCCUUCUCUUGGUUCGCUUGUGGAGUGGCUGUUAAAGGAGGUCAACACCAAAGAGUUGCUUUGUUUGAUAACUAAGGAUGGCAAGGUGAUCCGUAUAGACCAUUCAGCUACUAUGGACUCAUUCUUAAAAGUUUUCAGUCGAGGAUCCUCCUUUGAAACAGCAGUGCAAUUAUUGUCUUUGCUUGCAUUAUAUGGCGGUGAACGGAAUGUUCCUUUAUCCCUUCUAAAAUGCCAUGCUCGACAGGCCUUUGAAGUGAUAAUUAAUAAUUAUUUGGAGAAGGAAUUAUAUAAUGAUAUGAAUCCUCUCAGGCAUAGGAAUCCAUCCUAUGAUUCUAUAGUUGGCAACGGCACAUCUAGUGAUUUCGCUAGCAAGUUACCCAAUAAUAGAAGUGUACUUAAUAGAGCAGCCCCAGUUAUGUCAAAGUUCAUACUUGAUUGUUUGAGCUAUCUGCCAAUCGAAUUUUGCAGCUUUGCUGCUGAUGUAUUGAUUGCAGGCUUACAGUCUUUUGUGAAUGAUGUUCCUGCAGCUAUCUUGACUGAAUGCAAGAAAAUAGAGCAGCUUCUCAUGCUCCAUGAAGUGGGAAUGUCUCUUGGAUUAAUGGAAUGGGUUCGCGAUUACCAAUCAUUUUGUUCUUCUCCAAGAACUGGAUUUUCCCUUGGUUCAUCAUGCUUAGAUGUGGUUCAUUCUGAGUCCAGUACAAGAUCAGUGACUGGGCAAGGUGGACUGGACAAGCGCCCUGCUUCUUUAGGUAAAGGAGUAAGUGGUGGGGCUGGUUCAGCUAAGGUUUCAAUUGACGGCCGGGCUGCAAAUUCAAAAGCAAUAUCAAAGUUUGAUACUCCUAUUGAUUAUGAUCCAGCCAAAGUUAUUGAAUCUAUCAGGCAAGAGGAAUUUGGUCUAGAUCAAAGUCUUUCAGAUAAUAAAAGUAGCAUGUUAGAGAAGCAGCAUGCGCGACUAGGCAGGGCGCUCCAUUGUCUUUCGCAUGAGUUAUAUUCCCAGGAUUCACAUUUCCUUCUAGAGCUGGUUCAAAAUGCUGAUGACAAUAUCUACCUUGAACACGUGGAACCCACUCUUACUUUCAUUCUUCAGGAUAAAGGCAUAGUUGUGCUAAAUAACGAGGUUGGUUUUUCGGCCAAUAACAUCAGAGCACUUUGCGAUGUUGGAAAUUCGACAAAAAAGGGUCAUAAUACUGGAUAUAUUGGGAAGAAGGGCAUUGGCUUCAAAUCAGUAUUUCGGGUUACUGAUGCUCCAGAAAUACACUCAAAUGGGUUUCAUAUUAAAUUCGACAUAACGGAAGGCCAGAUUGGUUUUGUUCUACCAACAGUUGUUCCUCCCUGUGAUAUGGACUUGUAUACUAGAUUGGCAUCUCCAGAUGCUGAUUGCCAGGAUCAGAACUCUUGGAAUACAAGCAUUGUGCUCCCCUUUAGGCCAGACAUGUUGGGAGGCGUUGCCAUAAACAACAUUUUAUCCAUGUUCUCGGAUCUUCAUCCAUCUUUGUUGCUGUUUCUUCACCGUCUUCAAUGCAUUAAAUUUAGAAACUUACUUGAUGGUUCACUGAUUGUUAUGAGGAAAGAGGUUAUAGGUGAUGGCAUAGUAGAAGUUACUCUUGGUAAUGAGAAAAUAACUUGGCUUGUAGUAUCCCAGGAAUUAAAUGCUGACGUCAUUCGUUCUGAUGUGAAAACAACAGAAAUUUCUUUAGCAUUUACAUUGCAGGAGAAAUGUGAAGGAGGAUAUGUCCCAAUUCUGAAUCAACAGCCCGUUUUUGCAUUUCUUCCUCUGAGGACUUAUGGCCUUAAAUUUAUUCUCCAAGGAGAUUUUGUUUUGCCUUCUUCCAGGGAAGAAGUUGAUGGAAAUAGUCCGUGGAACCAGUGGUUAUUGUCAGAAUUUCCUAAUUUGUUUGUAAGUGCUGAGAGGUCAUUUUGUGCUCUACCUUGUUAUAGAGGAUGUCCAGGAAAAGCUAUUACAGUAUUUAUGAGUUUUAUUCCCCUUGUGGGUGAGGUGCAUGGGUUUUUCUCUAGCCUACCACGAAUGAUAGUUUCUAAAUUACGCAUGUCUGAAUGCUUGAUUCCGGAAGGUGAGGAAAUAGAAUGGAUUGCUCCUUGCAAGGCCCUGAGAAAUUGGACCCACCAGACUCGUUCUUUGAUACCUGAUAGUGUGCUCCGUGAGCAUCUUGGUCUUCGGUUUUUGAGUAAAGAUAUAAUUCUCUCGGAUUCAUUAGCAAAUGCUCUGGGUGUUGAAGACUAUGGACCACAAAUUUUACUAAAGGUUAUUUCUUCACUCUGCCGCUUGGAGAAUGGGUUACAGUCCAUGGGCUUGAGUUGGUUAUCUUCUUGGCUCAGCACCUUUUAUGUGAUGUCAUCCCAGUUUAUAAUGCAUGCUUCUCUGAAUUCUGUGGCUGAAUCUGACUUAUUAGAUAAUCUUCGGAAAAUCCCGUUUAUCCCUCUUUUAGAUGGUAAAUUCAGCUCAUUGGGCGAGGAUUCGAUUUGGUUGCCUUCCGAGGCAGUAGGACAGGGGAUUAAUGAUGAGUGUCUUCCCAAAGCUUUCCCAAAACUGUAUGGAAAACUGCGAAUUGUAAGUCCCAACCUAUUAGCUGCAGCUACCUCCAUUGAGACCUCGUGUUCUGAUUUAAAUAUUGUAGAGAAUGUUACGAGGAUGCUUUACAAGGUUGGUGUCCAGCGGUUGUCUGUUCAUGACAUUGUAAAGGUGCACAUAUUACCAGCCUUGUCGGAAGGAAAUAAUGCAAAGGGCCAGGAAGAAUUGGUGAUAGAGUACCUUGCCUUUGCAAUGUAUCACUUACAAUCAAGUUGUACAAUCUGUCACCUAGAAAGGGGUCACAUUAUUGCAGAGUUGCAUGAGAAGGCUAUGAUUCUGACGAAUUAUGGCUUCAAACGAACUACUGAGGUGCCUAUCCAUUUUAAUAGGGAGUUCGGAAAUCCCGUUGAUGUGAAUCAGCUAAUUAGCGGUCUUGAUUUGAAAUGGCAUGAAAUUGACACUGCCUACAUAAAGCAUCCAAUCACCAAAUCCAUAUCUGGUGGCGUGUUGAAGUGGAGGAGUUUUUUCCAGGAAUUGGGAGUAACUGAUUUUGUUCAAGUAGUUCAAAUCGAGAAGAAUGUUCCUGAUGUAUCUCCGACGAAUUCCCAGGAUGUAAUAGGUGUCAACGAAAGGGUCAAUGCUGGUUUAAUCUCUAAAAAUUGGGGAUCCAGCGAGUUGUUUCACCUACUGUCGUCUCUAUCUUCAAGUGAUGUUGGGGAAAAGUCUAAAUACCUUUUGGAGAUUUUUGAUAAAUUGUGGGAUGAUAGUUUCAGCGAUAAAGUUACUGGUUACUGCACUGGUUCCAGUGGGGAACACAAACCUUUCAAUUCAUCUUUUAUAAGCAUCCUGCAAGAUUCCCAUUGGAUUGUUUCAAAUAUUGACAACAAACUUCAUUGUCCGAAAGAUUUGUUCCAUGACUGUUUGGCUGUAAAAUCCGUUCUCGGUGUUAGUGCUCCUUAUACUAUUCCAAAGGUGACUAGUGAAAAGAUGCUAGCUGAUCUUGGUUUAAAAACUCGAGUUACUCCUGAUGAUGCUCUAUCCGUUCUUAGACUUUGGAGCAAAUCGGAAUCUCCUUUCACGGCUAGUAUGUCACAGAUGUCCAACUUCUACACAUUUCUCUGGAAAGAAAUGACUCUUUCAAAGAACAAAAUAAUAGAGGAAUUACAUUCAGGACCUUUCAUAUUCGUCCCAAAUACAUCUAGUUAUCCGAAGGAGGAUCUCGUACAUGGGACAUUUUUGUCUCCUUCGCAAGUGUACUGGCACGACACCAUUGACACAGUCAGCCCAGUAAAGUCGGUCAAUCCUGUAUGUGUUUCAAGCACAAGUAGUCCCCAGAGGAAAAUGUUGUAUAACUUUUACCCAAACCUUCACGACUUUUUCGUGAACGAGUGUGGGGUGGAUGAAAGUCCUCCUUUGUGUAGUUACCUCCAGAUUUUGCUGGAGUUAUCUACCAUUGCUCUACCUCAUCAGGCUGCAAAGAGGGUGUUUGAGGUGUUCUUAAUGUGGAAUGAUGCACUGAAAUCUGGAUCACUGAGUUUUGAAGAUGCUGAGUACCUGAAAGAAAAUCUCCUGAAAAAGGAAAAUACUGUUCUGCCUACUAGACUAGAUAAAUGGGUUUCUCUACACUCGUCAUUUGGUUUAGUUUGUUGGUGUGAUGAUGAUGACUUAGGAACAGAGUUCAGAGACCUUGAAGGUGUUGACUUUCUUCACUUUGGGGAAUCUACUGAUGAAAAAAAUCCGAUGCUUCGGGCAAAGGUCUCGACCAUAUUGAAAAGACUAGGAAUUCCUGCGCUCUCUGAGAUUGUAACUCGCGAGGCAAUUUACUAUGGUCCAGCAGACUGUAGUGUCAUUUUCUCACUGGUGAGGUGGGCUCUUCCUUAUGCUCAGCGUUACGUCUACAAUGCCCACCCCGACAUAUAUUCUCAACUCAAGCAGUCCGGCUUUGAGAACAUUACAAAUCUCAAGAUUGUAGUUGUCGAGAAGUUGUUCUACAGGAACGCUAUAAAGAAAUUUCAGAUUACGUCAAAGACGAGACACUCCUGUAACUGCCUUCUGCAGGACAAGAUCUUAUACUGCACUCGUGAAUCAGAUCCGCACUCGAUAUUUUUAGAGUUGUCUUGUUUACUAUCCACCAAUGGAACUCAUGACCUGCACUUUGCUAACUUCCUUCUCAUGAUCACAAGAAUGGCUGAAUCAGGUUCGACCGAUGAGGAAACAGAACUCUUUAUAUCAAACAGCCAGAAGGUGCCUAAACUACCUGCCGAGGAAUCGAUCUGGUCCAUUCAAUCCACUUCAUCAACAGACAAACAUACUAAACCGCCAGAAAAUUUUCUCUCUCUAAAAGUUGAGGAACAAAGCUCGUCGCUGCUCAAGAAAAAAACUGGGGUCAUCUCAAAUUGGCCACCUGCCGAUUGGAAAACCGCCCCAGGUUUCGAUUCUGGCAGUACAUUUGGGUUGAAGAAACUAGGUGAUGUAAUUUAUGCAGAAAAAAAUAUUGAACAAUCUGAAAUUUCUAUGGUUGGGAUAAGCGGUGAAUUCAAUAUGGACAUUGAUUCGAAGGCGGUGGUUCAGGGAGCAGUUUUACUCGAGACCGAGAUCUCAGAAACCCAGUCGAACAAUUCGACCAAUUUGGUUGAUUAUAGCACGACUAUGGUACUCGAUUCUGUUGAUCUUUAUGCAUCUGAUAGCAAGAAGUUUCUUGCGACAAAUUCGACCGAGAAAGAUCAAGUAUUUACACACCAGGCACAGCUUACAGGGAGAUUGGGGGAGCUUGUGGCUUCCAAAUUCUUCGCGGGGAAAUUCGGUGAGGCUUUUGUGAACUGGGUGAACGAAAAUAGCGAAACCGGACUACCUUAUGAUAUUUUAUUAGGAGACGAUGAAAAUAUGAGGGAAUAUAUCGAAGUCAAAGCAACCAGAUCUGCCAGAAAGAACUGGUUUCUUAUAUCAAUGAGAGAGUGGCAAUUUGCGAUUGAGAAAGGCGAAUCUUUCAGCAUUGCACAUGUCGUUUUAGCAGAUGACAACAUGGCGAAGGUGACAGUGUACAAAAAUCCGGCUAGAUUGUGCCAGCUUGGCAACCUGAAGUUAGCGUUCGUGGUGCCAAAAUAGUAAAGAGUGUUCCGAUAGAAUGAGUUACAGAUGUAUACUGAUAGUAUAUUCAAAUGAGAAUUGUGUAUCAUAUCAUAUGCAUGUGUAUAUAAGUAACAGUAAAGGCAUGUAUAAGCAGAAAUUUACCCCACAUUUUCGUUUACAGGUUAAACAAUUUAUGCGAAAAUCCGAAUGCGAUGGUCUCGAUAUAUCUUUCAAUAUAGUUGUAACCUACAUGUUUUACUUUUGGUUUGAAUAUGUUGAUGGGAAUACUGAAA